UGACAGUCAAGGCACUAAAGUUAGAAUGGAGAAAAACGAUUUCUGAAUUUAACUGCCAUCAACACCACCCAAUAAUAUAAGGGGACCGAACCUUUUCUGCCUUUCCAGCUAUUGCAGUCUGAUUGUCAUAGAAAACUGGUUGAACUGUGUGUUGGCAGGGAUUGUUGGUUUCUCAGUUACCUAUCCUAAAUGUCAAGAUAAUCCAGUAGAUAGUAUGAUUUUAUCAAUUUUCUUCUACAUUGUAUUUGCUGUUCCUAUCUGUGUGAGGGCAAGAUCUCGUCCUAAUAUUGUGUUUAUUCUCGCUGAUGAUCUUGGAUAUAACGAUGUUGGAUAUCAUGGAAAAGAACAUCUUUCUGCUUUAAAGACCCCACAUCUUGACCAUCUUGCUGAAAAUGGUGUAAAACUAGAGAAUUAUUACGUGCAACCACUAUGCACACCCACACGAAGUCAACUUUUAAGUGGCAGAUACCAAAUCCAUACUGGAUUGCAGCAUAAAAGUAUUUGGCCACCGAAACCAAAUGCUCUUCCAAUUGAAAACAUACUUUUGCCUGAGCAACUCAGAAACUGUGGUUACGAUACUCAUAUGGUAGGAAAAUGGCAUCUUGGAUUUUAUAAGGAAAAUUUUUUACCAUGGAAUAGAGGUUUUAAUUCAUAUUUUGGAUAUUUAACUGGAGUUGAGGACUAUUACACCCAUCAGCAUUUUUAUAAGCAAAUGAGUGGCGUUGAUAUGUGGGAUUCCAAACUCGGUCCUGUCAAUAACACAUGGGGUGAAUACUCUGCUCAUUUAUUUGCCAGAAAAGCAAUCGAAGCCAUUGAUAAACGAGAUCCUGCAAAACCUCUAUUUUUAUAUCUUGCCUACCAGUCCGUUCAUGGUCCAUUACAAGUACCGGAAAAAUAUAUUGAACCAUUUAAACAUAUAAAAAAUGAAGCAAGAAGAACGUAUGCUGGGAUGGUUCUAGCAAUGGAUGAAUCAAUUCGUAAUGUAACUCAGCAUUUAGCCGAUGUUGGUAUUUUAGACGAUACAAUUAUUGUGUUUUCAACUGAUAACGGAGGUCAGACAUUGAGAGGGGGUAACAACUGGCCAUUAAGAGGCAGAAAAGAAACCCUAUGGGAGGGAGGAAUAAAAGGUGUGGGUUUCGUUCAUGGUCGUCGUUUAAAAACUCAUCACAUGACUUAUAAUGGACUUCUCCAUGUAUCUGAUUGGUUCCCAACUUUAGUAGAAGGUACAGCUAGUUGUCCGAAAGUCAAUGGAACGCAGCCAUUGGAUGGCUUCAACCAAUGGGACGCCAUCCAACAAAAGACUUCAUCUCCAAGAAAGGAACUGUUACAUAAUAUUGAUCCAUUGUACAUAUCUCAUAUCAAUCGUACUACCAAUAGCCUGAAACAUGGGUUUGAUGUUAAAGUCAGAGCUGGUAUUCGAGUUGGUCAGUGGAAAUUGUUAACUGGUGAUCCAGGGUUUGCAGAAUGGGUGAAGCCCCCCGAAUCCAACAAGUAUGAUUAUAGUAUGUACGGUGGUGAAUCAAUUUCAUCCAUCAAAGCAACAAAUGUAAAGUUGUUUAAUAUUGAAACAGACCCUUAUGAAUACCAUGAUCUAGCUGAUAAAUUUCCAUCUAUUGUAGAAAAGCUUCUGACUAGAUUAGCAAAAUAUAAUUCUACUGCUGUGCCAGUGAGAUUUCCACCGGAUGACCCAAAAGCGAAUCCUCGAUUUCAUGGCGGAUAUUGGUCUCCAUGGAUGGUUGAUUAAUAGAAAUAAAAUAUGUAAACUAUUAGCUACUCCCGUAGUAUGUGUACCAAGUCAAACACCUUCAUAAUAUUUUAUUGAGUCAUAAGAUUAUUUUACGUCAUGUCCUGAGCCAGGUAAAUGAGUCCAUGAGUCAUUAGUAUUAGCAAUCUGUUAUUACCUUUUUCUUACAUUCCCCUUUCCUUAGUUUAGUAAUUUCACCAUUUCCCCUGAUAUUGGUUCUUCACAUAAUAUAACAUAUUGGUUCAUACACUUCUGGAGCGCCAACUGUUGCACUUAUCAAACACUCUUGGAAGCAUCUAAUUAUGCUAAUGUUUCAUAGCUGCUGAGCUUCCUCAUUGGUGUGUACAAAACUAUUUUAUUGCAAAACUGUAGGUACAAAAUUCUAAAAGUAUGAAAAUAUAGCAAUUGUUACAACUUUUGCAAGCCUUUUCCUAUUAUUGUUUGAAGUUUGCUUCUUUGCUGUUUCUUAGGUUUGUUCCGAACUAUUUUAUUACUUGUUUACUCCGAAAUUUUUUUCGGAGAAGUUUUGCCCUUCACAAAUAUUUUAUGUAAAGUCAAAAUUUUGAUAUAAAAACUAAUGGCCUAAUUAUGUAGUUUGGAAAUAUGAAAGAAGUUAGAAUGCAUAUGCAUUGAAAGUAAUACUUUCAUUAAUUUUUAUAUCAUACUGCCUAACAUAAUAUUAUACACAAUGUCUUUUACUGUUCCUAAGUUAAAAGCUUCUGGCUAAAACCUACCAACAUGUCCAAGCUAUGCCUAACUGAAAAGAUCUUAGCCUUUCAAAAAACAUAGCUUUAUAUGAAUUAGUGCUCUGCGCAGAGCCUGGCUGAAAAUAAGGAGGUCACACCUCAUUAGAUAUUUUGCCUAUGGAUGAGUCUUGUAGUAACCUUGUUACUAACUUUCAAAAUCUUUUACAUGUUCCAUGUUCAGUGUUACCAUUAUAAAUUGCAGUUCCAUUUAGUACUAUAUUUCUAGACUAUAUGACACUUGCACUUAUUGAACAUAGAUUUCCUUGACAUUUGCACUUAUUAAUCAUAGAUUUCCCUGUUUGAAAGUAUUAUUACUUAUCGAUCUUAAGAUCGGUAAGUAUGUUGAUAGGUGUUUGUUUGUUUGUCUGUCUGUUAGAUGCACGCGAUAUCUCACAAAAGCGAGGUUGAAUCUGCUCCAAAUUUUGC